UCUGUUUAUUAAUGUUUAUCAGCACUACAUCAUUACUAAUUCUUUGCCCUCGGUUACACAAGGUCAAUAAUGCUGUUAUGUACGGAAUUAUGAUUCAGUGCAAGUUCUUAACUGUUAUUUAUCCACAGAGAAAAUGGUUGUCCUGUAUACAUUCUCAUAAUAAAUAACUUAUAAGAAGGACUUCUAAAUGUGUCUGUCACCUUUAAGCAUUCUUUAACAUGUUUUUCUGCAGGAAUCCCAACCGCAGUCUCUUAAUCGAACAAAACUUCCUAGCAAAGAGCCCUUAGACAUCCAAAGAACCAGUAAGUGUACCACUGCGGAAGAAUUUAUAGCUUCUCGACUAAGACAAGCGUCAGACUCGGUUGGACUCAUACCCACGCAUUCUUUUUACCCCAGCAAGUAGACUACUACAGUAAAUAAUAUCUAAAGUGUUUUGUAGUUCAUGUUAAAAUAUCUUCAUAUUUAACAGUAUUCAUAGACAACUUUCUCUUUCAAGCUGAAAUCAAUCCACAAAAUCAAGACGAAGUCAGGGUUUUUUUGAGUGUUCAUUAAAAAGUACAUGUAUAUGACAGCUAGUAAUUUGACUGUUCACACAGUCAGAGGAAAGUUCAUUCUACCAGCAACAGAUGCAGGUCUUUCUUGCACAUUGAGGAGUGGGGGUGUAAAACAAAUCAUGCUGAAUGCUCAAAAAGAUGUGUCCUCAGGUAGGUGGGGGAAGAACUGGUGUUCACAGCAUUGUGGGAGGAGAUGUCAGAGCCUGGUGAUGUCAUUAAUUUACCAGGCAUAAAAUACCUGACAACAAGAAUACUGAAGCAUCCACUACUCUUUAAACAGUUGCUCCAGUGUCCUCCUUAGGAUGAAUGCAACAGAAUGGAUCAAGGCUUUAGUUAGAGCCUCCAUGUGCUUUUUGGGGAUCCUUGGUAACAACUGGCUGGCAUUGCGCUCCCUGCCAAGAUCGAAAUCUCAGAUCAGACCGAAUGACUUACUGUUUAUCAACUUGGCUGUGUCCAAUCUGAUCACCAAUUACCUGGUCGAUCUGCCGGACACCUUAGACUUUGCGGUCCACUGGACCAAAACAACAAAAAAAUACUGUGCGGUUUUCAGUUUUUGCUCUGAGAUUUCAGAGACCAGCAGCAUCUUCACCACCAUGUUCAUCACUGUGUACUGGCACCAGAAGCUUGUGGGAUCUCUGAAGCGUGGAGGAGCUCCUGUGCAAAUGGACAGCCUCCGCCUCAUCAUCGCACUGCUGACAGGGAGUUGGGUGUUCGCCACCGCGUUCAGCAUGCCUCAUAUCUUCUUCGUCUCUAUGGACAUCUUGAACCAAAGCUUCAAUGGUUGUGUGGAACAAUUCCCAAGCCCAAAGGCCAAGCAAGCAUACGAGAUGCUGUACCUUACCCUAGCAAAUCUGGUUCCGAUUAUUGGCAUCGUUUUUGCAAGCAUCCAAAUUGCAGUCACACUCAUUCAGAACGAGAAGCGGCUCAAGAACACAAGCAUGUUCACUAGAGGAAAAAACACGAAGAUUAAGAAGACUCCAGGACCAUCAUCCAAAGUAAUAGCAUCAAAUGCUGCAAAUAAAGUCCAAGAUCAACAACAAGGCGUUCAAAGGUCUCAAGACAAAACCAGCUCUUCAGGUAACCAGGUGAGGGCUGCGAAGAGUGUGGUGACAGUCGCCACCAUUUUUUUGACCUGCUGGCUAACGCACCUGAUGCUCAGCAUAACUAUAACUGUUUACGAGUCAACCGUUGUAGCAGACAUGAUCAGCUAUGUAGGAGCAAUAUAUACUUGUAUAAUCCCUUAUAUGUACUUGCAUGGCGUGAAGAAGUUGAACUGCUCCUCCAAAGGCUAAGGCAGCUGUCUAAGAAUAACUCAUCAGAAUGAUCAGUUGUCCCAGACACAACCGGAGACAUGACAAAUGAAGCGUUCAUCCUCUAACUCGGCUUCUGGGGAUUUAAGUGCAGAUCUAAAUUCAUAACAUUUUUUUUUUCCCCCUCAUCAGGUUUAUCUUCAGAAUUUAUUGAUUAUUAGCAAUGUAAUUUUUUUUUCUUCUCUCAAGAAAUAAAAUUGUGUUGUGUAUUUUUUUACUUACAUCUUGCUGUUACUUGCAGAAUCAUAAACGAUCCCCUGGGCCUAAUUAUACCUUGUUAUGAGUAAUUAUU